AUGGCUGCAUCAGCGCUGAACGAGGAGCGAGAGCUCGCCAUCAACCCAAUCGUUGCAAGCAGCGUACAGCACAAUACCCAGGUCAUCUCCAAUAUACGAAGCCUGACCGCAUCGCUCUUCGGCGUCGCCGCUGGCACACUAGGCCUCGAAUCCUACGCAGGCUUCAUCUUCUACCUACUGGCAUCGCUAGUCGUCUCUGCGUUGCUAUUUGCGCUGAAGACAGAGGGCAAGCCUAGCGCAUACUUUUAUAGUCCGUUGGGCGAUUUGUGGUUGGGAGAUGUCUUUGGGGGAUUGAGCGGCUUUGUGCUGACUUGGACACUGUUUUAUGGCCUAGUGCGGGCGUAG